AUGGCAAAUGUCCAAAUCCUCGAUGGAGGCCUAGGAACCUCCCUAGGCGAUCUCUAUAACAUACAAUUCUCCUCUUCAACCACCCCCCUCUGGGCCUCACACAUGCUCGUCAGCGACCCAUCAACACUAGAAGCAUGCCAAACCGACUUUGGGCGCGCAGGAGUAGACAUUCUCCUAACAGCGACCUACCAAGUCUCGCCCGAGGGAUUCAAGCGAACCCAAACCACCGAGUAUCCCAAUGGGAUUCCGCAAUCUGCUAUCGCGCCAUACCUGCGCACAGCGGUUGACGUUGCAUGCCGCGCCAAAGUGCGCGAGAGCGCCAGUGUAGCACUCAGUCUAGGGCCGUACGGAGCUUGUAUGAUCCCCGGGCAAGAGUACAGUGGAGCAUAUGAUUCGGAGCAUGAUUCCGAGGAGAGCUUGUAUGCUUGGCACCUGCAGAGAUUGAGGAUGUUUGUGGAUGCGGGAGUGGUGGGGCAAUUGAAGUAUGUGGCUUUUGAGACUUUGCCGAGACUUGACGAGGUUAGGGCUGUUAGAAGGGCGAUGAAGGAUUCAGGGAUUCAGGUUCCGUUUUGGAUUGCCUGUGUGUUUCCCCGGGAUGAUGAAUUGUUACCGGAUGGAAGCGAGGUUGGGGAGGUUGUGCAGGCUAUGCUUGGAUCUGAAGGUGGUCCUGUGCCGUGGGGGAUUGGGAUCAAUUGUACCAAGAUGCAUAAGCUUUCUGGGCUUGUGGAUUCGUUUGGACAGUCUGUGAAGGAGAUUGCGGGUGAUGCGCCGAGUUUGGUGCUUUAUCCUGAUGGGACGAAUGGGGAGGUUUAUAAUACUACGACGCAAGUUUGGGAGAAGCCAAGUGAGCUGAAUGAUAACGUGAGUGACCGACCUUGGGAAGUUCAGCUGGCUCAGGUGGUCAAUGAAUCAUACGACAAGGGCCAUUUCAAGUCGUUCCUUGUUGGUGGGUGCUGCAAGGCUUCUCAUCAGGAUAUCAAGAAGCUUGGCGAGCAAUUUAAGACUACUUAA